UACUAGGAAAAUUAGGAUUGGAUUGGAGUUAAACUCCAUCAACGGCCAGCUUCUUACCUACUCCUUUGAUCCCAGUCCCCUACAGUCCAGGCUGCCCAAGGAGAAAAUGUGUUUGUUUACUUGACAGGUCUCCAAGGAAAGAGAUUCCAACACCAGGAAGUCCUUCUUGAUAUCCACCUUCCACUCUUCUUGUGACAACAGCUGCAUCAUGAAGAUAGUCCUACUUCUCUCCUUGCUGACCCUGGCCACCCUCUGCCUCUGCAAGCAAGAUGCUCACGCAGGUCCCCAAGACUCUGGCAAAAGAACAGCCUUUGCCUCCAAGCGUGAGAGCAGUGAGCUGGUGAGGAGACCCAAACGCUACCUGUACCACUGGCAAGGGUUUCCUGCUCCCUACCUUGACCCCUUGGAGCAGAAACGGGAGGUGUGUGAGCUUAACCCUGACUGUGAUGAGCUAGCUGACCACAUUGGCUUCAGCGAGGCAUAUCGACGAUUCUACGGGACAGCCUAGAGCCCAGGACACCUACUCCCUCCCUCAGAUGUGCUCCCCGUGCCGCCUGGACGUCCUGGCUCCACCCUUCAUUCUGAAACACCCGGCCCACUUCUUUGGCCUCAAGUUACCCAGCUGUUCCCUGGAGCUCCCCCCAUUAGCACACCCAGUACAUGGCCCACCCCAAAGUUCCUACCUUCUGGCUUUUUCAGAAAUAAACACGAGGGGAAGAGGA